GUCCUUCCAUUCAGCUAGGCGCCAGUCGUGUUUGUAGCUGGUUAGCUUUUCUGUCUGGUUGAUUUUACAAUUGUGAUGUUGGCAAUUUAGAUUCAUUUCGCAGGUUAUUUUUUAUUUUUGUAACUGGAUAUUAGUCCACGAUGAAUCUGGAAUUACUCGAGUCCUUCGGGCAAAACUAUCCAGAGGAGGCAGAUGGCACCCUGGACUGCAUCAGUAUGGCCCUCACCUGUACCUUCAAUCGCUGGGGUACACUCUUGGCCGUCGGCUGCAAUGAUGGCCGUAUUGUUAUUUGGGACUUUCUCACUCGGGGCAUUGCAAAAAUAAUAAGCGCACAUAUACAUCCAGUCUGUUCGCUAAGUUGGAGCCGAGAUGGACAUAAACUAGUGAGUGCCUCUACAGACAACAUUGUAUCCUUGUGGGACGUGCUGACGGGGGACUGUGACCAGAGGUUCCGUUUCCCCUCGCCUAUUCUCAAGCUCCAGUUUCACCCCAGAGACCAAGACAAAGUGCUGGUGUGUCCUAUGAAGUCGGCUCCUGUUCUGCUGACGUUGUCGGACUCCAAGCAUGUGGUUCUUCCUGUGGACGAGGACUCAGACCUGAACGUGGUGGCUGCGUUUGAUCGGAGAGGGGAGUACAUCUACACAGGCAACGCCAAAGGAAAGAUUCUGGUGCUGAACACGGACUCCCAGGAUCUUGUAGCAUCAUUCCGGGUUACCACGGGAACCAGCAACACUACAGCCAUUAAGUCGAUAGAGUUUGCACGCAAAGGGAGCUGUUUCCUGAUAAACACGGCGGACCGCAUCAUCAGGGUGUAUGACGGGCGGGAGAUCCUGACCUGUGGGAGGGACGGGGAGCCAGAGCCCAUGCAGAAGCUACAGGAUCUGGUCAACAGGACGCCGUGGAAGCGGUGCUGUUUCUCGGGCGAUGGCGAGUACAUCGUGGCCGGCUCGGCCAGGCAGCACGCCCUCUACAUCUGGGAGAAGAGCAUCGGCAACCUUGUCAAGAUCCUGCACGGCACGCGAGGAGAGCUGCUGCUGGAUGUGGCGUGGCAUCCGGUGAGGCCCAUAAUCGCCUCCAUUUCCAGCGGGGUCGUCUCCAUAUGGGCACAGAACCAAGUGGAAAACUGGAGUGCCUUUGCUCCAGACUUCAAAGAGCUGGAUGAAAAUGUGGAGUAUGAGGAGCGGGAGUCUGAGUUUGACCUCGAGGACGAGGACAAGAGUGAACCUGAGCAGACAGGGGCGGAUGCUGCUGAGGACGAGGAGGUGGACGUGACCAGCGUGGACCCCAUCGCUGCCUUCUGCAGCAGUGAUGAGGAGCUGGAGGACUACAAGGCGCUGCUCUACCUGCCCAUCGCCCCGGAGGUGGAGGACCCGGAGGAGAACCCCUUCGGCCCCCCGCCGGAUGCCGCGGGCCAGACGGGCUCGGCCGAGGACGGCACCGCGCACACGGGCUCCGGUGACAAGAAGCGGCAGGCCUCGUCAGACGGCGCCCCGCCCAAGAAGAAGGCAAAGACCACCACCAUCGAGCUCCAGGGAGUCCCCAGCGACGAGGUGCACCCCCUGCUGGGCGUGAAGGGCGACAGCAAGUCCAAGAAGAAGACAGCAGGUCGGCCCAAAGGCUCCAAAGGUAAAGAGAAAGAUUCCCCCUUUAGGCCCAAACCCUUCAAGGGGGACAGGGGCUACCCUGUGGACGGAGGCGUGGGCUUGGGCGUGGGCAUGAAGGGCAGAGCACAGGCAGCAGAGACGGGCCAUGCAGCAGCAGGCAAUCUUGUCACGUCGUCGUACAAACAGCAUGAUGUUCAGGGCUUGGACUAAUGUUGGAGGAAACGGCGCCCCCCGGUGUGUGGGAGGCCUUUUAACCCUCAGGAGGAGCUCAGGAGCCAUUUUGUGACUCAUCCUGCUGCCAUGUACUGAUCAUCACCACAUGGUGGAAGCAGAGAGACGCAGUGGAAGCCUCACAGCAACCCAUCUCCACGGCAACGCCGCUUCUAGAAGGCUGAGGUGGUGGUGAUGAUGAAGAGACAUUUCUGUCAUUUGGUUUCCAUUUUGUGUGUUUCCUCCAUUGGAUUCCAUUUUGUAUACUUUUUGUUGGUUUGUUUUGUUUCCUUUUUGUUGUUUUUGUAAAUAUCAGUGGACUCAAAUAGACUAGUGAAUAAAGUCGACCAUAUUUCUUUUGGUGUCUGAA